CGGCUUUGUUCGUUCCUUUGCGCGCACGCGGGCUUCAACCGGCGUCAUCCGGUAACCAAGAAAUAGAAAAGAAAAAGAAAGGAAAUUGUCAGUUUCGAAGCUUUUCGUAGGAUUCGGUAGCGUCGCGAGGAGGAGAGGUUGAGAUAAGGAAAGGUUUGCGUCGACUAGGUUUAUUUUGCAACCCGAUCCAGCGAUGGAGAGGGAUUUCAUCGGAAUCCUCGGGCGAAACUCCGGCGAUGACGCGACCGCGAGCCGCCAUGAAGCAGCUGUCCCAUCUGUGAAGUGGCCUUUCUCAAGCAUGGUCUCUUCCACACCACAGUACAUUCUUCCCAAGACUCCACAAGAAGAAAAGCCUAGAAAACAUGUUUUUAAUAACCACUCAUCUUUAAGAUUGAAUCAUAUUUCCAUGGAUGGCCUUGAUGUCAACCUGAAAACUCCUCAUGGUUUAGCAGCUCAGAAAUGUGUGGAUCUUGAUAAACAAAGCUUCAGUCAAUAUCCUCGGUGUACAUAUCAGCCUUUUACCUCUGAUUCUUUUGCUAGUUCACUCCCCCAUCUGGAUGAAAUCCGAAUGAUCUCCACCUUCUCAGACCAUGGUCUUCCUGGUACUGGCAGCAGUCCUUUCUCCAAUAUUCAACAUGCACAUAAUGUAACAGUUGCCUCUCCAAAGCAACGAUUUCUUGAUGAUCAAAUUGGGCACUGUAACUUUGUAGGUGAACCUAGCAGCUUGAAUAUUUUCUGGCCCAUUAACAUGACCGGUCAGCUAACUAUCUUUCAUGAUGGAUAUGUUAAUGUGUAUGAUGAUGUUUCAUCAGACAAGGUACAGGAGAUUCUUUCUUUAGCAAGCCAGGGAUCUAAUAUGACUCCAAAUGUUAUGAAUCAAACAACCCAUGCACCCGGACCAGCCACAUUAGUGGCUCCAAUCAGAAUGACAGGAUCAAUUGAUUCAAGGACAAAGAGGCAGGAGGGCAUAAUCCCUAUGUCGAUGCUUCCGAACUUAGGUGUUUUGCCAUCAGGUACAUCACAUUCAGCGGCUAGCUCUAGAGGUGGCUUGAGAAUGAAUAAUGAUGCAGCAGAUUCUAAAGGUGCUGUCCAAUUGGUUCCAGCAAGCCAACAAGAGGCCUUCAAAACUUUAUCUGCUGCUUUUAGCUCAGAAACUGCAGGAACUACCCUGCCAAAAGCUGUUCCUCAAGCUCGGAAGGCAUCACUAGCUCGAUUCUUAGAAAAGCGCAAGGAGAGGUUGACCAGUGCCAUCCCCUACUCUUGCUCCAAAAUGAACCGCGAGAAUGGUAGCGGCUUAGAAAGUAGCAAUAUGUCAAGCAUAUCUUCAUCAAGUGAAAUCAAUAAUUCUUACAACCAGAAGGACUAGUGGCUUAUGACAAAUCCAAAGUCCAUCAUCAAGAAUGGGGAGUCUCAAGUAUCAAGUAACAUACGUUUAUGUAUAUGAAAGUGCCAACUUGGUACCAAGUUGGUAAAGAUCAAAACUGCUGGCUUUAAAUAAAUCAGUUUAUGCAUUUGAAUGUCCGGAAAAUGUGUGAAUGAUUCUAUUGAUCAUCAUAAUAUAAUAAAUUCCCACGUGACAGAUGUUAUUGUAGUGUA